AUGGCUCCGUUAACUCGAUCGGCUGCUGGGUCAACUAGCCUUUUUACACCGGCCGCCCAGCCACCGCGACAAACAGAGAUCAUCAACAUCGAUGACGAGGAUGAUGAGGAUGACGAGCAAUCCCCUGACGACGAAGACAUGAAUGAAGAGGGCGGAUCAAUUGAAAGCCAAUCUGAAGACCAAGAGGAGGAUAUGGACGAAGAUAUGGAUGGUGUCAAUGGCGACACCGCAUCGGAGACUGGGUCCGAUGUUUCGGGCAAAAGUUCUGAGCAGUCUGCUUUUAAAAUUUCUAGCAGCAAAGGCCAAGACACUCCGUUGUUCACCGCUGCGGGCGCCCAGGAAGCUCUCCACCCUCUUCGCCGUACUGCCGACCGCGUCACUCGCCAAAUUGAAGCUUUUGCCGACAAGCUCGACCAGUUCAAGCGCCAGAAUUCGAAUGACGAGUUCAACAAUGCUCAGGCUGCUUACAAGCUCGUAGCGAGUUAUCGCGACCUUGCAAACAAUGCCAUCAAGGAAAUCGAAAAACAGCAGAUCGUGGACCGCGCGGCGACUGGCUUCCGGUCAAAUGGGACACAGGAUACCAAAAGCGCCGAGGAAAUCCGGCGAUUGCAACUCGAAUCUGAUACCUGGCGCCUUCUGCUCAACUUGAUCAGCAUUGAUGACCCUUCCAGCCGGGCCCGCUACAAGGCUGGACAACAGACAGCUUUCCAGGAACUUCAUCGCUAUUCAACCGAUCGCGAGAUUUGGGAACAAUUCUUGAAUGCCGACCAGUACGGUCUCGAAUGCGUGAUUGCCAUGCGAUGGUUGGAGGAGACUUCCAAGACCGGGGACCAAAAUCUCGAUGGGCUGAUCACGGAUAUGGAAACCCAGGCGCAGAGAGGUCAGGGAUUGUGGACACAUGGAUGGCUUUACACCAAAGAGGCUAUCAAGGGUCACAAAAGGCUGCGCGCUUGGCCACAACCUCUUGAACCCAAUGACCCUGGUAUCUCGCGCACGCUUCUGAGCAAUGAUGAGCAGAAACCAUUGGUCACUCAACUCGACCCUGAUGCCAUCAUUCGACAGAAUCAUACGCUGGAAAAACAAGAUCAAUCCUUCGAACUUGCCACAUGGGCAACUUGCUGGAAGAUGCUAAGACAAGGCGAGAACUGGACCAAGAUUCGUGAAUGGGCAGAAGGCCACCUCGAAGGAUGGAGGGCCGUUAGCCUGUGCGGCUCUAGUGUGGAUCCGAAAUCGGCGAGUACUCAAUACCCAGCCGACGAUGGCCAUACACGUUUGAUGAACAGCCGAGCUCAAGAUUCAUGGCGUAGCGCUUGCUCUGCGCUGACACGCAACAACACUGUGGAUGACUUCCAGCGUGCUGUCUAUGCAUUGCUCGCCGGUGAAACUGACGCUGCAGCUGCGGUCUGCUGCGGCUGGGACGACUAUCUCUACGUGUUCUUCAAUCGUGUCGUCCUCUCGCGCUACCAGGGAUUUUGUCGUCAAUUCCAGCGGAAGCUUAGCCACUCUCCUAAUACGCCCGUGGCAUUCAAGCCGGAACCGGCUGGACACGCAGAGCUCCAAAAGUACCUAGUCUAUCUCAAGGGCAAUGAGCGAGUCAGCGGAGAAACCCGUAAUCCAUUCCGCAACAUCCAGGCCGCAAUCCUCAGCCAAGGCUACGACUCCUUCUUCCCGGCUCUUGCUCAGGCGGUAUCACAUGUUUGCACCGAAAAGUUCGGGAAGAACUCUAUUGUCCCAGAGCUCGCGCCGAAGCAAGUUGAGGAAUCUUUCCUCAUCGCUGCUGACGAUGAAGAGGCUCUCAAGAUCGCCACACAUGUUUACGUUGUGGCUAGCGCUAGAGGAUAUGCUCGCGCGGAUACCCACUUCAUUGAAACGGCGUCGGUUCUUGUGGCUGGACAUAUUGCCAACCUCGAAGAGAGGGGUUUGUUCCGCCUUAUCCCUCUUUACGCAUCUCUUCUGCCUACAGCAAUUGGGCAUAGCGUCCUAGCCAAGAUUCUCAUUGAUAUAGUCGACCCCAAGGAUAAGAUCCAGCAAGUUCGACUCGCAGAGAAGUACCACAUUGACAUCAAAACCGUUCUUGAUGUACAAUGGUCGUGGGCGAAGCAGAAUGUCUCCGCGAUCGAUCACUCAAGAGGCGUCACUGGAUACUCAAGGGUCAGCCGACGAGCCGACGGUUCCAAGAGCUUGGUGUCACCAAAGGCUGAUUUGAUUGGCGAAUCUGUUGCCGAGGAAGAUGACAAGAUGAUUCGCAGUCUGGAGUGGCUCCGUGUUACUGAUGGCCAGUGGGAUAAAAUCUGUGAGCUCGGAUCUUGGCUGUAUCGUCAAUUCUUCCUUGCCGAUAAGCUUGCUGCUGCUCGCGAACUGAGUUUCCGUAUGCGGCUGGCCGACAUCUCCAUCGAGAAAUUCGGUUCCGACAUCAUUUCCAUGCCUCCGCAGGAUAUUGGGUACUUCGAGGCGACUACACCGACUAGCCCGACGAAGGCCAAGAGAAGCAGCCUUCACCGACGCAGUCUUUCUGGAUCCAACAAUAUUGGUCUCAUCUCAGCAUAUAACCAGUGCCAGGCAAUGCGGGAUCUGGAGAGCUUGAUUCUUGGUCUUGAUGCCGUUGAGCAGUUUGCCAUUGUAUACGAUCAGAUCUCCAAGACAAAACGUCGCCGAGACUCAGGGACAAUGAAGGUUAUGGGUCAAGAUAUGAACGAAUGCGUGGCUGUAUUGGAAGAAUGGGUAGGAGCUGUGACUGACGAAGAAUGGCUCCUCACAUCCCCCAAUGCCGACGAAGAAAAGGACUUUGCGUACAUUCGGAAAACCUACCUUCCAGAACUCAUGCUCGACUAUCACAACGCGAUGUACUUCGCCAGCUACUGCCUUGAGCAAAACAACCUGCUGACGCAAUGCAUGGUUGUUUCUAUCUGGGUUGCAAAUUACGAGCAUGUAACCCUUGCUUUCACACAGGCAAAGCGAGUAACCGAGCUAAUGGAUGCGCUGGCUUUGUCAAGCAAAGCCUUGGUUAACCGCAACACUACCCCUGCGAAGUCUUCGAAGGAAAAUUUGGAACGGGCCCAGGAGUUAAAGAUCUGGGACGUCGAGGUCACGGAGGAAGAAAAGAAGAGGAUUGGGCUUACGUCGGCCCUUGACAGGGAGCGGUAA